CCUCCCUCCCUCGCCUUCUUCCUUCCUACCUCUCCUUUUCCAAGGCCAGACUGAGCCCAGGUUGAUCUCAGGCUGACACCAGCAGAGUCCACAGCAACCCCAGGAGUCCAGACACCGACGGCCAGAAGAAAGGCCCAGGAGGACCUGCAGCCAUGUCGGCCCUCAGCCUGCUCAUUCUGGGCCUGCUCACGGCAGUGCCACCCGCCAGCUGUCAAAAAGCCCUGGGGAAACUUCAACCCUGGAUGCAGGGCCUCAUCGCAGUGGCCGUAUUCUUGGUCCUUGUCGCCAUCGCCUUUGCUGUCAACCGUUUCUGGUGCCAGGAUGAGCCGGACCCCGCGCAUAUGGUCCUGACUGUUGGAAACAAAUCAGAUGGGGUCCUGGUGGGAACGGAUGGAAGGUACUCCUUGACGGCGGCCAGCUUCAGGUCCAGUGAGCACGAGAAUGCCUAUGAGAACGUUCUUGAGGAGGAGGGCAGGGUCCGCAGCACCCCAAUGUGA